AUAAACCUGCAGCAGGUCGGUGUGCAGGCUUUGGCAGGCAGCCAGCAAUGAUGUGCUCCUGUGCUCUCUUGUGAGACGCAGCCAGAUGGUGUUUGCCUGUUGUUAUUUGAUAAGAGUGUUAUAUCGAAAAAAGAAUUAUGUGUAACACUGCAUGGGUUUAAAGUAGCCAAGUGGUAGAUUUGUACAGAUACGAGUAACAGGUACUUUCCGACAGUGGAAACUUCUUGGUGAGUUAGAGUUCUCUUCGAGUCAGCAGUACAUCUUCAUUUCGUCAGGAACUUUGCAGCAUUUCGUUUAUAGAAAUACAGUACAAGAAGCUCAAAAUAACCCCUCCACAUUGUUCCCUGUCUACUGACAAGUCGGUGGAGGAUGCUCAAGGAAAAACGAGAGGCAGACACUAUACACUAAAAUGGACACAGACGGUGGAAAAAAUGUCAAUUUACCGAAAGUCUUCAUCUGUAACCCGAUCCCUCUGCCCGGCUUGGAGCGUCUGAGACAGUCGUGUGACGUUUUUCUCCAUGACUCUGAGCAAGAGAUCUCUUUGGACGACUACAAGGAGGGCGUACGAGGGAUGGACGCUCUCCUGGUACACCCUCCAACGCCCGUCAACGCCGAGAUUCUGGACAUUGCAGGUCCACAGGUGAAGGUCGUGAGCACCAUGUCCGUGGGAGUAGAGCACAUUGACCUUGAAGAGUGCCGCCGACGUGGGGUCAAGGUCGGAUACACUCCGGGGGUUGCCACAAAAGCUGUGGCUGAGAUGGCUGUGACCUUGACCCUGGCAGCGGCCCGACGACUAAAGGAAGCUCAGGCGUCUACUUAUAGCGGCGAGUGGGGUACCAAAUGGGAACACUGUCUCUGGAUGUCUGGUCAGCAAAUCUCAGGGUCGGUCAUCGGAAUCGUUGGUCUUGGCAGAAUUGGGCUCGCCACAGCGCGCAGACUCCAAGCGUUCGAGCCGGCGAGGAUCGUGUACAACGAUAUCAAGCCCAAUCCAAACGAUUCAAGUCUAAGUCUGGAGCUGGUGAGUUUUGAAGACCUCCUAGCUCUGUCUGACGUCGUAAUCGCCACUUGCUCGGCUUCAGAAUCUUCUGCUGGUAUAUUCGACGCUGAUGCCUUUAGGAAGAUGAAGAAUAACGCCGUGUUCGUCAACGUUUGCCGCGGUAGCGUCGUGAACCAAGACGCCCUCUAUGACGCUCUCACGACCAAUCAAAUCGCAGCGGCGGGGCUUGACGUCACAGUCCCAGAACCGCUUCCGACCAAUCACAAGCUGUUGUCGCUACAGAACUGUAUCAUUACACCACACAUCGCUAGUGCCACUGUGGCCACUCGCAACGUCAUGUGUGACGUCACCGUCCGAAACAUUUUUGCAGGACUGGACGGGAAACCGUUGCCAUCCCCGGCAUAUGAAUAACAUGACCUGAAGAGAGAGAGAGAGAGAAAGAGAGAGAGAGAGAGAGCGAGAGAGAGAGAGAGAGAGAGAGAGAGAGAGAGAGAGAGAGAGAGAGAGAGAGACUUAUACUUUAGGAUUUUUAUAUUCAGCAAAUAACGUAAUCCGAUGUGAUGGUAAAUCAUGUGCGAGAAAGUGUAAGAUCUCAGCCCUUUACUGUUUCUGGGAGUUCGGUAUGAUAUUACAUCUAUGCUCAUGGUGACUCUGCCAAUUGGUUUCAAAGAUAAUUAUUUAGUGUGUCUGUUUAUUUGUUGUCCCGAUCCUGGGACCGCUCGGGUCUCGAUCAAUCACAAGCUGCUUCGCUGGAGAGCUGUAUCAUUACUCCGCUAAUCGCUUGUUCCACUGUGGCCACUCGCAAUCUCAUGUGUGACGUCACUGACUGAAACAUUCUUGCAGGCCUGGACGGAAGCUGUUGCCAUCCCUGGCAUAUAAAUAACAGAACCAUCAGGGGGGAGAGAGAGAGAGAGAGAGAGA